CCACCCUCUCUCUCCAAACCAUCUUUCCAUAAAUAAAACACCAUUCUUUUCUUUUUACAAAUCCCAUUACUAAAAUACCACUAAAAUUUUGCAUUCCCACUUCUCUCUCCCACCCAUUUCUCUCUCCUCAUCUAAUUUCCAUUCAGUUUUCUACACUCAUUUCUUGCCCUCUUCUCUCCGACUACCAUAAAAACAACACAUUAAUUAUACAUUUAUCCGACUUAAAUACACACACAGUUGCAUAAAUAUAUUGACCCCUCCCUCUAUCUCUUGGCUGGAUUUAUAAUUCCUCACUUCUUGAUCCUUCAGCCCUUCUCUUUAAUUGUUUUCCCUCUUAUUUUUUAGAGAAAAAACACCAUUUCCUCCGGUGAUCUCUCCGGCUAAGAUGUCAAUGGAAUUGACCGCUGAGCCUGUGUGUUAUGUUAAUUGCAACUACUGCAACACCAUUUUGGCGGUUAAUGUUCCAUUUGGGAGCAUGUUUAGUAUUGUAACAGUGAGAUGUGGGCACUGCUCAAAUUUGCUCUCAGUCAAUAUGGGAGCUUUGCUUCAGUCUGUUCACCUCCAAGAUUUCCAGAAACAGCAAUCCUUCGCAGCCUUGGCUGCCGGUGUCAACAACGCCGCGGCCACUAGGGACAACGGCUCCUCUUCAAAGUGCAAUAGAUACGGUUCUCUUCAAGUUGACAUUGAACAGCCUAAGAUGCCUCCAAUACGCCCACCAGAGAAAAGACAACGCAUUCCAUCAGCGUACAAUCGUUUCAUAAAAGAGGAGAUUCAGAGGAUAAAAGCAACCAAUCCUGAUAUUAGCCAUCGUGAAGCCUUUAGCACUGCUGCAAAGAACUGGGCACAUUUUCCUCAUAUUCAUUUCGGAUUAAAGAUGGAAAGCAACAAACAAGCAAAGCUGGAUCAUCCAGUUGCAGGAGAAGCCACGCCUAAAAAAGCUCUUGGUUUUUAGUAAGAUUACUUGUGCAAAUUAUUUUUAAAAAAAUGCAUAUCUGAAGAUUUUGGUCGUCUGAUCCCUCUCACAACAAUUAUUUUUAAUUCGUAAAAAUGAUAGUAUGAGGGGUUUGACACCAUAUAUAUAUGUUCAACUCGUGGGUUGCAAAGAUGCAAUUUUUUAUCUUCUCUAUAAACUACUUUAGUCGAAGAAUUAAUUCAGUUAUUUGAAGCCAAACAUGAUAAUAUAUAUGUAUAUGUCUAAGCAUCUACGUGAUUAUUACCACUGUGUCCUAUUUAUGGGUUUUAAUACUUGAAAUCAUAUAUAUGUUCAUUUGUGCAUGUAUAUAGUAGUAAUACGUUUACUUAA